AUGUCAACAACCAAUCUGACCACCUCUGAGACGACGGGCGACGCGGGAGUCGCUUACGAUGCCUUGGUCAUUGGAACUGGGUUUGGCGGCAUCCAGAUGCUGCACGAGUUGGGCAAACGGGGAUCACCUUCUGCGAUGCUAGCGGGAUCUAGCUGGUUUGCAGCCAAGGUCACCGAGCCAUCAGUGUUGAUUUCCGCCACCUUACGCCUCCCCUCGUCCAGAUCGAGAGAGACUCGAGGAGUGCAGCGACCGAGCGGGUGGGCAGACCAACUUGGGAAACUGCAUGCGGUGUGUUCGGCAUUGAGAGAGGACGAAAUUGAAGCGUUGAGGAGUGCGGAACGGGCAUCCCGGAUGCUUUUGGGUGAGGAUUUUGAUCGUGACUGGACGGAAGAGGAACUCGUGUCUUCACUGGGCGCCAUGAUGGAGAUUGAUACAGUCACCGAGGAGACGGGGGUAGGCGCUGGACGCAACAAGCUUGAUCUGAACAAAGCAAGGACUAUCGAAGAGAAGGAUGAGAUGAAGGAAUAG